AUGGAUGUUGGUCGCAUAUUUUCUCGUCGACGCUGGAGCCGGCUUGUUGAACAACCAGACUCUCGCCACCAACAGACGCACGUAGUCGCUGUAAUGCCCGACGUCGAGAUGUCCCGAACGGGAACCGUACAACGGCAGGAAGAGAAGGAGGAUGACACCGAGUACAGACCACUGAACUGGAAGAAGAUCUUCUUGACGCCAAAAUAUAUCCCAUUCCACCUCUUGGGCAUUGCCAUUAUCGUGGCCACUGUUUUCAUCAGUCUUCACCAUGACCAGGUCGUGGAGAAAUUGAGGCCCUUCUCUGAAAAAGUCCGAUCGCUCCCAGGAGGAUUUUUGAUUCCCAUCGCCAUCUUGGUUUUGAUUUCCUUCCCGCCUCUAUUUGGCCAUGAGAUCGUGGCUUUGCUGUGCGGUGUAGUGUAUGGCCUGUGGAUUGGAUUCGCCAUUGUUGCAGCCGGCACCUUCAUCGGAGAGAUCGGAACCUGGUUUGCUUUCAAGUACACCCUGCGACGCAAGGCCCAGAAGCUGGAGAGAACCAACCUCAACUAUGGUGCUUUGGCGCGAUUGACUCGCGAUGGUGGAUUUUGGAUCGUCUUUAUUAUUCGAUUUUCGGUCAUCCCGUCCCAUUUCUCGACGGCGGUCUUUUCAACCUGCGAUGUCAAGUUCUGGCACUUUGCCAUUUCGACGUUCUUGACACUGCCGAAGCAAAUCAUCCUUGUCUACCUCGGUGUUCUCUUGGUUGAGAAGAAGACGAACAACAGCAACAACACCAUUAAGAACGUUGUCUUUGGCGCUACUUUUGUUCUGACCAUCGCGCUCGCGAUAUACAUCUAUGUUAAAAUGAGAAGAGUCAAGAAGAUGUUGUUGCAGGAGCAAGAGGAGAGAAGAGUGCAGCGAGAGUUGCAACAGGUGCCUCAGAAGGCCGAGGUCGACGCCGUUGAGACCGUGAUCGCGCCUCUCCAGCUAGGCGCGGAGACGGCGCGAACAGACAGACCGGGAUACCCACACUGGAUUUGA